AUGGAUGACUUCAUCAAAGAGAAGAGGAGACUCAAGUUCGAAUCACAAUACAUGUUUGUCAAGAUACUAUCAGGCAAGACAUUGGAGGAGACACUACAAUCAUUCAUCGCCGAUGCUGAUGCUCUCAAACAAGGUACGAAUGGAAUCAUCGACAUGUACUUCACUGGCCACAAUAUCAACAAGGCAGCCAUCUCACACUUCCUCUCCUACAACAAAGCAGUCUAUCCAGAGCACAUACAGCAGGACGAAGGCGAGUGGAUAUCAAAAGCAUCAUGUGGACCAUUGGUCUUCGCAGUCGAAGGUGGCUACACUGGUCCUCUCUACAAGUACGAUGUUUCUAAAAUGUAUGCUAGUAUUAUGAAGAGCAGUAACUUCAUGGUCCCAAUCAAGCGUGGCGAGUUCAAACAACUGACUGACGACGACAUAACCCAUCCACCAUUCGCAAUGGCGACAGAACUCGGAUUGACGUACAACCUCAAGAUCGACAACAAGCCCAAUGCACUGCUCUAUGGUCCAGAGUGUAGGAUGUACUCUGUCACAAUGUUUGGUGACUACAUCGAUCAGGUGCUCGGCUGGAUCAAGGCUGGAGUUCCACGCGCCAAGCAGUUGUAUCAAUGUCUUUGGGGAGCGUUGUCAAAGCGCAACAAGGUUAAGAGAUGCAUCUCAGUCAAUGGUAAUGAUGAAGUGAGACAGCUCAAGGAUGGCGCAACACUAACAACACGAACAUAUGAUGUCACAUUGCCAGAUAAUUAUUUAAUGGACAGGAUAACACCAACCAUCAAUGGACACAUCAUGGUCAGAGGAGUUGAUAAUACAGAUAUGUUCAAUACACCAUUUGCUAGACUGAUGCCAUUCAUUAUCAGCCGUGGACGCAAAAUGAUUGGUACUAUCAUCAAGGGCGACAUUGACAACGUAAUGAGAGUGCACACUGAUGGUUGGUACAUGACAGUGCCAUGGGAGCAAUCAUCAUUAAAGACAUCAUUAGACUAUCCUAAGUUGGGAAUACAGUGUGGCGAUGUAAGAUAUGAAGGUUACUGUGAUGAUGGUAUUGUGAACAAGAUGCACAUAGUCAGAGGACUCUUCAUGUUUAACGAAUGA